AUGGCUAAGAGUCUUUGUUGCCUUUUGCUUUGCUUUCUUAUUCUCUUCAAUUACUGCUCGGCUCGGCAGCAAAAGUCUAGGCAGCAAAAUGAGUGUAGCAUCUCUAGACUCACUGCUCAGAAACCUUCCAACCGGAUCCGGUCAGAGGCCGGUGUGACCGAGGUCUUUGAUCAUAACAAUGAGCAAUUCCAGUGCGCGGGUGUGGCUGUUGUUCGCUAUACUAUUGAACCCAACGGCUUGCUUUUGCCUUCCUACGUCAAUGCGCCUCAACUCUUGUACUUCGUCCAAGGUAGAGGCUUGCAGGGAAUCCUGAUCACUGGUUGUCCUGAAACCUUCCAAUCAUUCCAGGAAUCUCAGGAAGGGCAACAAGGAAGAGAACAGGAAGGGCAGCAAGGACAACAGGGACAACAAGGCCAGCAAGGACAACAAGGCCAGCAAGGACAGCAAGGACAACAAGGACAACAAGGCCAGCAAGGACAACAAGGCCAGCAAUUCCUUGGAGACCAACAUCAGAAGAUCCGAGAGGUCGAAGAGGGUGAUGCUUUUGCAGUGCCCACCGGAUUUGGGCAUUUUAUCUAUAACAAUGGUAACAGACAGCUUGUUGUAGUUUCUGUCCUCGACGUCAGCAAUGAGGCCAACCAACUUGAUUUCCAACCCAGAAGAUUCUAUCUUGCCGGCAACCCACAAAAUGAAUUCCAGCAGCAACAGCAAGAAGGGGGCGACAGUGAGGGCAGAGGGCAAGAGAGUUCCGGCAACAACAUCUUUAGUGGUUUCGAUGCACAGCAGUUGGCUGAGGCAUUUAACGUGGAUGUCCAGCUCAUAAGGAAGCUUCAGGGCCAAAAUGACAGGAGGGGCAACAUAGUGAGAGUGGAGGGAGGCCUACAGGCACUGUUACCACCAAGGGGACAACAGGAGCGAGGAGAGCAACAGCAAGAUCACCUCCAUGCACGCGGAAAUGGCUAUGAAGAGACCAUAUGCAGCUUGAGGCUCAAACAAAACAUCGGUGAUCCAUGGAGAGCAGAUGUCUACACACCUAGAGGUGGACACAGGAGCAGCGUCACCGGCUAUGAUCUUCCAGUUCUCCAAAAGCUUGUUAAAUUAAGUGCUCAUAAAGGACGUCUAUAUCAGGGCGCAUUGGUGCUACCAUACUACAACGUGAAUGCCAAUAGUGUACUCUACGCUAUAAGAGGCAGUGCCAGGAUUCAAGUAGUACAACAGCAGGGCCAGACAGUGGCCAAUGAGGAAGUCCAGCAGGGUCAGGUGUUGGUUAUUCCACAGAACUUCGCUGCGUUGAUAAAAGCAAGGGAUUCAGGCUUUGAGUAUGUGGCGAUCAAGACUGAUGAAAAUGCCAUGAUUAACACUUUAGCCGGCAAUCUUUCGCUGAUGCGGGCUAUGCCAGACCAAGUCAUAGCCAGCGCCUACCAGGCGUCCAAUAACGAGGCUAAGCAGCUGAAGCAUAACAGGCAGGAGAGCACUAUAGGGGCUCCGGGAAGUUCUAGGUCUGAGUAG